AUGGAUAUUCAACACCAAUUUCCAGGUGUGCACUGGGUCUGGGGAGGAGGCAUCUCCUUUGUCUACGAGGUCUAUCCUCUGAUCGUGGUCAAGGUGCCUAAGUCCGGACAGGAAGAGAGAGAGAAAUUUCGCAAAGAACUGAAGAUAUAUGAGAUUCUAUCUCGCCAUCCGCCCUACACCUCUCUGUAUAUGAGGGAUAUAUUUUUUGCUGAUCGGAGACAAUUCAAUCUUACUCGAGAUCCCGGUUCUCGUGUAGUUUUUAAAAUGGAAAAGCUGGAGUCCCUGAUGUUAGGAAAAUCGUGGAUGAACGAUCUUGCUCAAGGCGUUCCUUUUCUCGGAUCGUCUAACCUCGCUCAUGGUGACCUGCGACCUGAAAAUAUCCUGCUUGAUCGUGACCGACUGAAACUAUCGGAUUUUGAUUGCACGGCCGAAUUCGGGACAGAUUUCGAAACUUGUCUUUGUCCGUACGGAAGACUUCUGAAUAGUAAUGAGGCAGACCAAGGAAUACCAGGAACUGCCGGCCUCCUUGGUCCUCGAGCAGAGCAGUUCGCCCUUGGUUCGGUGUACUACUUCAUCAAUUACGGAUUUGAGGUUUAUGAUAAUCAAUCUCUUGCUGAUGAUCCUUAUGAGCAUGGACCCAAGGUUAUGGACCUACUACAAGAUAUGAAGUUUCCGCAGCUCGGUGGCGAUCCACUUAUUGAAGAUAUCAUCAAUAAAUGCUGGCAUAACCAAUAUCUCACGCUUGGCGAUUUGGCUACACACACAGAGACAUUUCUUAAGGAACCACAAAGUGUAGCACCGAACCACGAAGCAGCUGCCUGUCCGAGAUGGAGCACAGCUAUAAACAGAACACCACCUCAAGUAUGGUCCAGCCUCGGGUCCCAACGGCGAAGCAACGAGGAGGUAAACAAUGGCGACGACUAUUACAAUACGGAUCAGAAGCGCUCUGGUCAGCGUAGACCCUCGAAAGAGAAAUUCUGCCAGGACUUGGAGAAGCGUAGACUUGUUCGCCUUCUUACUUCGAGUCGGCCCAUGGAGCUUGGAUUCAGCAUGGAGCACAGGCAUGUGCCACGAACUACUCCCGCGAACUGGGAAGGAGGAGACCACUAUGGGGGGAGUAGAAGAUGGCAACGACUACGGUUCGAUAACGUAGGGAAAACGGACACAACUCGGCACCCAAGGGAUUCGUGGCUAGUGAUUGAUCAAGCCUACUAG